AUGGAAGAAGAUGAUGGCAUACGAGACGACACUGUCACUCAUUCGCCCACCAAUUCGCAACAAACAGUUUCUGAUGAUGACGAAAUAGACUACACGACCAAACCAGAGUUUUAUGAUCCAGAUCUUGAUGAUAAGAAUGAACAGUGGAUUGAUAGAAAGAGACAAGGACGUGUAUCUGAUGCUGUGCUUAGCUGCCCUGGUUGUUUCACCACCCUCUGCCUAGAAUGUCAAAGGCAUGAAAAAUAUCUGACCCAGUACAGGGCAGUGUUUGUUGUAAACUGCAAAAUUGGGAAUGACAAGUUUUCGAAGCAAAAUACUUCAAGAUCAAGAAAAAGAAAUAGAGGGAGUGAAAGAUUUGAUAGAAAUGAUACUACUUCAACUAAUAUUGAAACAUUCAAGCAAGUUUGCUGUUCUGUUUGCUUGACAGAGGUUGGUGUGAUUGACCAAGACGAGAUUUAUCAUUUCUACAAUGUUCUACCGAGUGAAUCCUGA